AAUCCCAUUUUCUGUAAUCCAUUGAAGUGAUUCUUCCUUGGGCUAUGGAAAUAGAAAGAAGUAAUUGGACACAAGAACAAGAACAGAAAGGGAACAGUCUCAGACACGCAAAGAAAUCUAUUUCAUGGGUAAUGCAAAGUUGGAAUAAUCAAGAACUCCACCAAAAUGCCACUGUAAGAAAUUCUACUUCUAAUCCUACUUCAGAUUACUUUGCUUGCAUGUUUGGGUUUGAAAGAAUUGAAUUUCAAUGGUAUGAUGGAAUUGGUUUGAGGAUGUGGCAAAAAGCACUUAGAUGGCAUGAAGCUUGCAUGGUUGACAAAACAGGGCACCCUAAUUGGGAAGAUUAUAUCUUUGAUAUGAAGUUUUGGUUCAUUGAAUAUUGGGACAUGCUAGAUUCAAAAAUUGAAUGGAAUAACCUUGUGCAAACUGAUACAGUUUUCCAGCAUUAUAGGGAAUUUGAGAAAAUCAGAUUUAGGGUGAGAUGUUCUGAGCAAUUUGUUGUAUCUUUCUCCAUUGGUGGUUUGAGAGAAGAAAUCAAAGUUUAUGUUAAAGAAAGAAAACCCAGAAUGCUUGAUGAUGCGUAUGGCUUAGCUUUGUUGCAAGAACUUUUGCUGGCAUACAAUAAUAUCUCCUGUAAUGAUCCGCCCUUACUGCACAUAGCAAUUGAUAAUGCUCAAGGCUCUGAUCAUGAACAACAUCUAGAUGAAUCUGAGAUAGAUAAUGAGAAAAUUGGAGUAAUAGAUGAACCUAUGUUAUUUGAGUCCAAUUUAGAAGUGGAUAAUACAAGAAGCUAUGAGUUUGGCCCUAUUGAAGAAGAACAACUUGCACUUGUAUUUGAGGGGAAACAAAUGCCAAUGGAAUUCCAAGGAACCACUUUAGUCAAUGAUUUGGCAAUUGGAUUUGAACUGGUGUUAAGGGCAGCAAUUAAUGAUGAAAAGGAGGAGGAGCUCCGUCCUUUGGACAAUAAGAAUAGCAAAUAUGUGCUUAAAGAUGAAUUGAGGGAGGUUCGAGAGAUGAAGUUGAGUAAUGAUUUUGUUUUAGGAAUUGAGUACCAUGUAGAAUCGGGCUACAAGAAAGCUUUGUGUAUUUUUUUCUCAGACCAUAAGAUGGUACGACAUGUUUUAUGGAAUUUUAAGAAACAAAAGAGGAACAUGUUAUUUUGCAAGAUGGUGGAAUGUGGAGGUUUAGUGGGAUUUGAGGAAGGAUAGGGAUAAGUUGGCUGCUUCGGAAUUUAUGACAGAAUCUUUGUUGAGAUUUCAAGAACUGAAUCCUUGAGGACAAGGAUAUUUUCAAGAGGGGGGUAUUGAUACAGUGCCAAUUUCUCCAGCCAACUUGGUGAGAUCCAUGAUGUUUGUAAACUAAUUAUACAGUUUAUUAACCAAUUAUGUCAGUCAGUUAGUUUAUUGCGGUUAGGUAUUGGCCUUUGUAUUUAAGGAGUCUUGUAUUAUGAUUUUGAAUCAUGGAAUCAGAUUAUUCAGAAUUACCUCUUGAUUUUCUCUCUUUUCUCUCUGUGUUCUGCUUCUUCUUUCUCAUAUUUCUCUAUUAUGUUUCUCUGCUUUCUUUUUCAAUUUCUGGUUCUUUUCAGCAUGUAUCCUAGUCAUUUAGUCCACAAAAUGGGGUCAGAUGAUUAUUUAUAUUCACUUUUCCACUACUUUCCCAGUAACCAAACAGAGAGGGCAUGCAAUGUUGAUCCAAUACUCAAUAAUAACAACAUAAAAACAAAAAGAAAUACCCAAAAAUCAGUUUGGUAAAUACAUUUACCUGAGGCUGAGAGAAUAAUAAUCCAGCUAGUUGUGC